CAUAUAUGCAUUCGGUCAUUGUGUGAGAGCGGUUGUGUGACUGGGGGAUGCUCGUCGUGCAAUAUGCAGUGCAAUCUUCCUCAAUGGCACGCUCACCAGCGCAGGGACAACGUUUCUGUAAUGUUCGACGGAGCCAUUGAUACAAGAUGGCUGCUCAACUGGAUCGAUUGCAACAGAUCCAUCCAGUGUCCAUAAAAGACAUUAAAGAAAAGCUCCAAGCUCUCAAGAAACGAAAGCCAAGCUCGCUCGGUGCGGUCGGACACCAGCAGGCGGCGCCACUGGUGGCCAGACGUCUAGCAAUCAGCCUAGAUGGAGCACCUCCUGAUUCGCUGGUGGCGCCCCAAGUGGCGAGGAAGCCCGUUAUCAAACCACAACAGACAGCGAGGCCACGGUCUCCGUCUCCCGUCCGAACUCCCGAAGUCUCCCGAACCCCCGAAGUCUCCCGAACCUCGAACCUGGGACGACGCGAAUCCAGGCGUGCUUCUCCUCAGCGACCCCCCACUCCGCCCUCGCGUCCAGAGUCCCCUGUGAGGCGGCGUAGCCCGUCACCCUGUAAUGGUCGCCGCCGCAGUCCGUCGCCAGGCCACCAAGAUUUUCCACCAGCAGUCCAGGCGGCCAUUCGGCGCAGGGCGGCACAGGUGCAGCGUGGCGCCAGGCUCUAUCUGCUGCACCAGCCGGGCCCCAGGUCAUUUCUCGUCGCGGCUGACAUGCCCGAACAUCGGUUCAGGGUCGUCGUCGGACCGCAGACGUGCACCUGCGGCAAAGGGCCACACUGCGUCCACUUGCUCUUUGUGUUGCUUCGAGUGCUCAGGCUGAGCGACGUGGACGCGAGGCUAUUCAGCAAAACACUCAAGGACUACGAGGUGGACGACCUGCUGAAGGAGUAUGCGAAUCAACGAAGACGAGCUUCGCUCCCAACCACGUCUUCGCCGAAACCCCACGACACCGACAGGGCCUCCUCCCUGUCGGGUGACAGUCUAUCGCUCUCGGUGUCAGCCUCCGUUCCGCUGGCCACGCAGGGAGCAGACUCCGAGCUGAAAGAAAGCCCUGCGGAAGAAUGUCCGACCUGCCCGAUUUGCCUCCUGGAGAUGCUGGAUGGAGAAUCUGUCGUCGUCUGCAAGAGAGGCUGCGGCAACCGGCUUCAUCAUCACUGCAUUGCUGUGUGGGCUCAAGAAUGCAAGCGUAACGGAGAUGUCGUUCUGUGCCCCCUCUGUCGUCGUCCCUGGCAGGACGAAUCUUCUCACUCUUUGUCCUCGCCUGAAGUGGAACCUUCACCUCAGGGAACGCCCUCCACCUUCUCGCCCCUCAAUAAACCCAACAGUGUACCUCCCGCCAGUGUACACCCAUCCCGUCCCCCGCUACCCCUGCAUCCGCUUCCGCGGCCCCUGCACUGCCUCCUGCGGCGUUCCUCUCUUCCGAGCCCGCUCCCAAGGCCCCCGUCCCCUUACGGCAGGGCGAGCGCCGUCCCGUCGGAACUCUGGAGUCACUUCUUUGGCAACGACGUUGCAGCAUGCCUGGCAUCUCAUCGCUGGUCGGACCGCGAGAGCGCGCUCCGCGAGGUCGGGGCGCAGGUGGGCCACGCCCUGCGGAUGUCGCAGGACGACCGGACGCGGCUCACCCCCUGGGGCGGCCGCUCCGCCAUUCAGGGCGCGUGCUGCGACGUGCUGGCAGCUGCGGUGGCCGACCCUGUGUACAAUGUUUACGUUGAGGCUUUGCGCUGCUUGCGGAAGAUGCUGUCGUGCAGCCCAUGCAGCACGCAGGAAGACCUGUUCGAGUUGCAGUCUCACGUUCGUCAUGUCCUGGCAGCGGUGCUGUUUCAGUGUGCUGAUGGCAGAAAUAAGAGGAGCCGUCAGCUGAGUGUGGCGACGCUGGUCGAGGCUGCACGAGGACAAGCGGGUGCGCUUCCUGUGGGAAACAUGACAGACUAUCCCGCACCAAAUGGUCUGGGGGCAGACUUUGUGAUCGAUGUCGUCCUGGACGCCGGUGCAAAGGCCACGUCCUUGUGGCAGGGGCUUCUGGGAAGGGUCAUGGUGGUCCAGCGACUUGCCGAAGAGUUCCCGCACCUCUUGAUGCCUUCCUGCGCCGGCUCGAGCACGGUGAACCCGAACAUGAUAAAGGCCGUCGACCUUACAGCAGAGGCUGUGAAGCACAAUCACGCUACGGUGUCGCGUUACGGCCGAAGUCUGCUGGUAUCGUUGGGGGGACUGUGCUGGAGGAGUGCGGAAGCGGAGGCGUACAUCUGGAGCAAGGUGACGGACCUUCCGUCACCGCUGCGGACAGUCCUUGCCAGCCGCAUCAGUCGGGCGCUGAGAGAUUCGCACGGCUUCCCAGUGGUACGGAGGAAUUCGAUGGAACGACUGCAGGAGACGGCUCUAGUCCGGGCAAAGUUGUUGGACUGUGGAGCAGUUUCUCGGUCACCGUCUCGCUGCGCAAAGAGUCCGACGCGGUCCUCCUCGGUGCACAGGGUUCCGACAUUCGAGAUACCUCCUCCGACAGUGGACCCUGGGGGCCAAGAGGGGAUUGCGCAGAAAUCACCAUCAGUUCGUCCUCUGCUUCCCGAUAAGCCAAGGCCACCAGUGCAGUGUCCCUUUGCAAAGAGGCUGCAACCUUCGACACUCGAAAGACGACUCAUGGCAAGCCUCGACUCGUCGGACAGGUCUUCGGGGCGGUCGUCUUGGUCGAGCUCCUCUUCCGCCGUGAGCUUCAGUCACGCGAGUCCCCCUGUCGGACGUCGACCAAACUUCCUCCCCCUCUACCGAACUACCUCCUCGGAGUAUCCUGACAAUUCGUACAUUGUGUCCGGGUGGACUCCAAACUCGGCAGACUGCACGCCGUCCUCCACCACUCCCUGCAGCGUCAACACCCCCGUCUCGUUCGAAAAGGAGAUCGCCACCCCUUGCUCGCCGGACCUGGCAGCAACGAGGCUCAACGCCAGAAACGCUCUUCCGCAGGAAACGAGAGUGGUCAGAACUGCCGGAUCACCCCUGAAAGCUGCGGAGGAAAAGAAAGCCCUGGAAGAGCCCAUCCUGCAAGACACGGUGGAAGACCAGUUCAUUGUCCUGCGUCAGGUGGAGAGCCUUCCGAUUCGCUUCGACCUGAAGACGAGGCUGUACACAGAAGGGGAACACUGGCUCCGGGGACCUCCCCUGGGCUCGGGCGCCUUCAGUACCUGCUACCAGGCAGUGGAUCGUACAACGGGUACCCUGCUGGCCGUCAAGCAGGUGUCCUUCUGCAGAAACCGCGAGGAGGAAGAGGAGAAGGUGAUGGAGUCGGUUUGGGACGAGAUACUCAUGAUGUCCCGCCUCGACCACCGCAACAUUUUACCCCUGGUGGGGGCGACGCGCCACGGGAACCACUACAACGUCUUCGUGCAGUGGAUGUCUGGAGGUUCGGUGUCGUCCCUCCUGGAGAGGUACGGGUCAUUCUCGGAAGGGGUGACACUGCGGUACGUGCACCAAGUGCUCCACGGUCUGGCCUACCUCCACGAGAACCACAUCGUGCACAGAGAUCUCAAAGGCGCCAACCUCCUGGUGGACAGCACGGGACGUCACCUGAAAAUAGCCGACUUCGGGUCGGCUACGAAGCUGUCUAGCAAGUCGACGGUGACCGGAGAGUUUCAGGGCCAGAUGCUCGGCACGGUUGCGUUCAUGGCGCCGGAGGUACUGCGUGGUGAAAGCUACGGGCGCUCCUGCGACAUCUGGAGCGUGGGCUGCGUGGUCAUCGAGAUGGUCACCACGCUAGCCCCGUGGGACGCGGAGAACAUGUCGAAUCACCUCGCGCUGAUAUUCAGAAUAGCGCGAUCGACGGCACCUCCCGACGUCCCGGACUACCUGAGCUUCUCCACUCGUAACAUGGUGCUGCAGUGCCUGCGUGUCCAGUCGGAAGCCCGUCCCACCGCAGCUCAGCUGCUCUCCCACCCCUGCUUCAAGCACGCGGGCAUCAUUCCUCAAAGUUCCGCGGGCGUGUUCUCCAGCUCUGACCGCGGAGAAGCUGUUGCAACUUGCUGAGGCGCUCUUCUCGUAUCUUCCUUUCCCGACUCGCACCUACCGUCAAGCUGUCUUCUUAUAUUGAUGGGGUUCCUUCUCUGUUUUUUUGUUUUCAGAGCCACAUAUGCAGGGGUGUGAUUUCACGUUGUCCGCGAAAGGCUACACGGGAAAUUUAUAGUAUCGUGUUUUUUCUCGAAAGGAGGAGGCAUGUGAUGUGGAGCGUUCCUUUAAUACGGCGAACGUUGUCUUUUCACAUUGCAAGGCAGCAUCUACCUUGUCCUCUCCUGUGUGCCGUAUCCGUACCCCUUACACCCGUACACCCUUAUUCCCGUACACCCGUAUUCCACCCUUAUGCCUUUGCUGCCUUUGUGCCAUGAAACCCAUAAUCUCUUUUUCCCCUUAUUCCAGAGACAUUUUAAAAAAUUGUCUCUGCAUCCCUGGUUAACGCGGAGCAUACAUUUCACAGCGAGGCUUAGAAUACCCCUACGGGUACCUGCUUGCCAGUGAUACCCUUCUUCGAUGCACAAGUGCCAAACUGUUGGGACCUGAUUCACUGUGACUGUCACCAUUUUUGCGAUUAUCCUUUCGUCUUUCAUCCGUGGCUCUCCCUCUCUCUCUCUUUCUUUCUUUCUCACUCUGUGGAUGCUCACUUUGUACCCACCUUGUGCCAAAACGACCACACAACCGUGGCAAAAAUUUGGUGCCAUUCUGAAAAAAAAAAAGCAGCUUCUCCUGGCGUUGAAGCGUUCGUUGCAACGGUAUUCCAAGCUGUGACUGCGUACAAAAAAAGAGAGAAACAGUCAAGUUCAAGGAAAGAAUAUUUGUGCCAUUGGGGCAAGAUUUUGUCCUCAGUUCAGUUGUGAUAUGUAUCCCUUACAAAAGUGUGGUGGCACAUCGGCUAGAUGCCGUAAAAAUCGUGCGGGAGCACCAAGACCGGUCGUCAUUAACAAAAAAAAAUGCGUGUUCCACUCUUAGACGCUCACCUCAUAAGGGUGAAUCUUCCCUGCAGGGUUUUAAGCUUGUCCACAUUUCACUACCAUCGUCAUUCGUCAUAGUCACUUGCAUAGCACAAACAUUUGCUAAGACUGCUAGAAAAAUACAAAAAAAAAUUCAUUGUUCUGUACUUACAAAUCAUCAAGGACAAGAAAAUAUAGCUUUGUUUAAAGUGAUCACCCAGCACAUUUAAGUCCUUAUUUAUUUGAAUUCUCAUUUUUAGGGCACGAAUCUCUCAUUACUUUCAUGUUGUUCGCGUGGAAAGGACCAAGGCACCCAUCGUCACCAGAAUUUUUGGAGGACCACUUCAUCUUGUAGAGAGAAUGUUUGUGAUGUUUAGUUGUUUUACUAUCCAAACAAAAAGAAAAAAGCAGAAAAAAUAGUCAUUAUACUAGUGUGGGACCAAUGCAUGUUGCAUGAUAUAUAUAUAUAUUUUUACUGCUGUGUUGCUGCCAGUUGAGAUUUUGUGGCAGGAUUUUUGUGCACACUUUGUAUCCCCUUUUGUGUCUGAUUUUGAACCUGUUUAGUCGAGACACUUAUUGUUACGUCAUUAAGUUAAUCUGUUAUCAUUGUUGAUUUUGUAUUUAAGGUCAUUUAUCCUUCAUCUGUCUGUGUCUAGUGUUCGACAAGCAAAGAACAGUGGUUUUAGCAUUUUAGAUCAUCAUAAUCUUUUGUCUCCCGUGUUCUUCCUUUCAUCAUAUUUUUACGCGGCGGAUGAUAUUUGUGUUUAAAAAAAAUUGUUCGCAUUCCCGUGUCGGAAAACCUACGUCGUGCAUUUAGCUCACGCAAUUGGAACAGGGUUGUGACAUGUGCGUACUCCAAGUCAGAGUUUGUCCGAGUCGCUGGUGCCUUAGUGAAUCUUGUGAACAAGAGCGUCAAACCUGCACAGGUUGUGCGGCAGCAUAUAAAAAAUAAUAAUAUGCCUCUUUGUGACAGUAUUUUUCAAAUAAAACUAAGUCUCCCCGUUUGGGGAUUUUCA